CGGCUGAAGACACUCUCAGAAUAUUCUAAUGCGAAGGCUAACAUAUAUGCCCUCGGCAAACUAUUGCCGACUGCCACUUGGGGACCUUAUAAGCCAAUCAACGAUCGAAGCAAAAUACUGUGCGAUCCCGCAACUGGCGAACCACUCACAAUCUGGGUGGUCGGUCGUAUCGCUAAAAUGUGGUUCAUGAAGCAAGGGAAACCAGAGAAUCAAGCUUCUAUCACGGCUAUACUAUUCGAUGCUGUAUAUGAUGCAAGACGGGAAGGGUCUUUGAAAACAUACAGUGAGAGGCCUAUAUGGAGCUUAACGGAUUUGAAACCCGGCGACCUCAUCCUCUUGGAAAUGAAAAUGACGCGUUACUCGAGGAGAGCAGAAGAUAACAAAUGGCAUUCUCGAGCCCAGUUCGAGAUGAUCGCAAUCUCACUACUACACAUCGCUGAAACGCCUGAGGAAGACGAACAAGGAAUGCAUCACAUCGAUGGAUUGGCGAUCUAA